UUCGUAUUUUUUACGGAACAUAGCACAUACCGAACUGUACCGAAACCGUGACACUUAAGGGUGCUUUCACACUUGGUUCGAUUGCCUGGACCGAACCAAAGUUCGAUUGUUCCCCCCUCCCCCUGCCCUCACAUUAUAUUAUUUGGGUCCGACCUGCAGUUCGUUUGCGUCAAAUUAGCAGCGGUUUACUCCGUUGCUUAGUAACGACAGCGCAGGAGAAGGUGGCAAAAUGCAUAACGUUGCUCCUCCCUUUUAUAUUUGUUUUUGAACCGUUGGUUUUGUUCAUCUGCCGAGAAUGUGGAACGCUGAAGACGAGCAGAAAUGAGAGGCUACACUACAGUUCUCUGCUUGCAGCAUGCGUCAAGCUCGUCAGGAAAGUGUGUUUCACUCAAACACGCAUUUUUAAAAUCAAAUAACACGGUAUUAAUAGCGGUUCACUUCCACCAUUUGGUAUGUUUGCGUUCAUAUCAGCAGCGAACCGUACCAGAGUUCACUUAAACUGCACCCCAGACCACCCUUUUUAAGUGGACUCAUGUACAAAUGGACUUUCAAUGUAGUUUGGGACAUGUUACUGUAAAUUUAAAUACAGCAAUACGAAGUGACCGUGAAAAACCACAAACUGCCAUUUUAUGGACUCUUCCAGUUCUCCGAGCAACUUUGAGAGCGCCUUCGACUCACGUCGCUGUCUGUAUGCAAAGUUUUCGCCAUAAAUAUCAGGGUUGGGAAAAUCCGGGCCAGUCUUCUCUGUUGGCCCCCCAGCGGCCACCUGCUCCCCGCCCAUUCACCCGAGUAUAAGUGUUGUGGCCCCACAGUGUGAAAUAUUGACCAGUUUGAGUUGAGAAAGCAGUGUUUACAUUGUAAAAUGGCAAGAAAGCAGAGAUGGCCUCCAGUCCUUUCCCAGAGAGACCAGGAACGGAGGGAGAAGCUAUCCUCACAUGUGGACGACACAACACUACGUGUCUGCAAGGCAGAAGCCUCCAAACAAGAACAGAGGAAGAUGAAGUUCUGCAAACCACAUUGGCCUCCUGUUAUUUCUGCGGAGGAAUGCGAGAAGAGAAGGUUUCGUGAGAGCCUGGAAGAUGGUUCUGAAGCCACCCCAUCCACAUCCAAGCAGUGGCCUCUAAAAAUGAAGACAGCCAAAGUGUCAAUUCCUCCAUGUGCGUCUUUGGCAGUGCUCCCUGCUCCACCAGCUGUGACUGACACGGCUCUUAAAAGAGUGCCAAGGGCCACAGCCUGGAGGAGGAGGAAGAGGGCUAUAGAAGAUAAGAAAGCCGUGAAGCAUGGCAGAGCCACGGCACGGAGAAGGGAUCCAAAGGGGUAUCCCUGCGGGCUCUGUGGAAAGCCCAAGAGACUGGAGUUUGGGCACAGCUUCUACAGAGGGAAACAUUUCUGUGCCACGGCUGCGGGAAGAUCUGUCUCUGACUGGCGGUCCGAGCAGAAGAGGUUAGCUGCUGCUGACAAUGUCAGGGAUGUUCCUCGGACCACUGCUUGGAGGAGGAAGAAGAGGGAGGAGGCCAUUGCUGAAGGUCUUUCAGAGAAGCAGGUAAAAGACCGCAAGAUAUUCACCUGCAGCCAAAGACCAAAGAGUACGGACACUCACGGGACGCUGGCAAGGCCUUCUGCAGCACCUAUGAGGGCAAAACUGUGGAACUUUGGUUGGCAGAGCAACGGGCCCUUGCUCCUGUUGAGUGAAGGACUUAAUAUUUAAUUCAUCUUCAUCUUUUAUUACCCUUGUUAAUUUUAUUAUACCGUUUCUGCUCUUAAUUUUUGUUUUAUUGUAAUAUUUAUAUUUAGUAUUUUUUACAUUUAUAUACGGUUUCUAAUUUAAGAACUAUUCAAGUACUAUUUAAUCUUUUAUCUUUGCUAAUUCUUAAAUAUUUUUUUUUUCUAAUUCAAUUUGUAUUUAGUUUACAUAUAUUAUAUAAAUGUUUCUAAUGUGAACUAUUUGAUGAAUCUAUUAUGUUAAUUUUAUUAUAAUAUUUCUAUUUGGUGUUUUAUUUACAUUUGUUACAAUUCUUCAAGGAACGCAACAAUCCGGGAGACGCCACACAACCGCUUCAUAACAAAACAAUUAAACUAAAGAAAAACAUGAAAUGUUCAGUAGUCAAUGUAGAUAAAGUCAGCGUGCGCAUGUAUCCCUUCUAGUCUUUACUGCACAACUGAUGCAGCUCAAUGUCUAGAGAAUACCCAUAAUGCACUGUGAGUCAUACGCUGAAUAAAGUCCCGUGUCUCGCCAGGAGAUGGCGCCUGCA